AUGGCUCAAAAAAAUCAAAUAGCCAAUCAGUCAACUGUGAAAGAGUUUCUUCUGAUGGCAUUUUCUGAUGACCGUGACAUGCAAAUUCUGCAUUUUGCAAUUUUUCUCUCCACUUAUUUCUUGGCUCUAGUAGGAAACUGUCUCAUUGUUGUAGCUGUGAUCUUGAACUGUCACCUCCACACUCCUAUGUACUUUUUCUUGGUGAAUUUAUCACUGAUAGAUACCUGUAUCAUCUCUACCAUUGUCCCUAAAUCCAUGGCCAUUUCCUUGACAAACAACACACAGAUUUCUUUCUCUGGAUGUGUCACACAGGUCUUCAUUGUUGUCAUGUGCGUCACUGCAGAGGUUGUCACCCUCAGUGUCAUGGCUUACGACCGCUAUGUAGCCAUCUGCCAUCCUCUACAGUAUAGAUUAAUCAUGAAUUGGGAUGCCUGUGCUCAGAUGGCAGCUGCUUCCUGGAUCAGCAGUGUGAUGCACGCAGUGUUAGAAACCGGUGUCACCUUCAGGUUGAGCUUCUGUGCAUCCAAUAUUAUUGAGCAGUUUUUCUGUGAUAUCCCUCAGCUACAAAAGAUCUCUUGCACGGAUACAAAGGUUAAUGAACAAUUGAUUCUCAUUCUUGGGAUUAUAGUUGAUUCCUUCAUGUUUGUGUUCAUCUUUGUUUCCUAUGGCUACAUCUUCUCUGCAGUCCUGAAGAUUCCAUCUGUUCAAGGCAGACACAAAGCCUUCUCCACCUGCACUCCCCACCUGGCUGUCUUUUCUUUAUUUAUCAUCACUGCCGUCUUUUCCUACAUGAGACCCAAAGCACUUUCCUCUCCAACCCUGGAUUUGAUCUUUGCUGUUGUGUAUACUGUUCUACCACCAGUCCUGAAUCCAAUCAUUUAUAGCCUCAGGAACAAGGAUAUCCAAGAGGGUAUGUGGAAAAUACCCCACAAAAUUAAGAAACUCAUUGAAUGA